AUGGAACAAUUGGCGGUAUUUUUACAAACUCCUCCGUCGUGGUUAGACCAAAGUUUCUUUGAAAAAGUUAUUAAGAAACAUGAGAAUGAUCCAGACGGGCAAGUUAUAGACUUUAAAGUAGUUCCGGGAUCACAAAUCGGCGAUAAUUUUGCAAGUGCUGUUUUCCGCUGUUCAAUUACAUACAAAUCAAAGUAUACGAAAGAACCGAAAGUUCUUUCUACAUUUAUUAAGGUUCAGCCACAAUUUCCACCGGAAAUGUCGCAUUUCCAGAACGUUACAUUAUUUACAAACGAAAUCGAAAUGUUCUCUAAAGUGUUGCCUGAAAUUCAAUCACUUUGGACUUCAAUUAAUGACAAAGAUAUUCUUUGUCCGCAGUUGAUUUACCAAUCAACUGACCCCGCACUGGUUUUGAUCUUGAAAGAUGUAAGUGGCGAUGGUUUUGCAAUAACUCAGAAACCACCAGAGGAUUACGAAGUCUCUAAGCGAAUCUUUCGUCGAUUAGCCAAAUAUCAUGCCUCGACUUUCUUCCUUGCAAAUGAAAAGAAAUAUAAUUUUGAACACUUCAACUUCACCAUGAUUAAAAAUCCUAUGAUGCACGGAAUGUUCUCACAAAUUUUCAACGCGUUUUGUGAAAAUGCUAAAGCUUGGGAUGGAUUUGAAAAGUUCAUUCCACAUUUGGAAAAUUUUAAAAAAGAUUUGAUAGAAAAAACUGGAAAAGUUUUUACAGCAAAUACUGGCGAAUUUUCGUUCAACAUUUUGAAUCAUGCUGACUUUCAUCUUAAAAAUAUUCUGUUUAAAAAUAAGAGUGAUGGAUCGAUGGAAGAUUUUUAUAUCAUCGACUACCAACUUUGCUUUUACGGAACUCCAGCAAUUGAUUUAAUUUACGCUCUUUACUAUUUUGUUACGCCUCAGAAUCGUCUUAAAUACCGAGCCGAAUUAAUUGCAUUAUAUUACGAAGAAUUUGCUGAUUCAUUGAAGAAAUUUGGCUAUCUGAAGGCUCCACCAUCACUAAUCGACUUACAAGUUGAAUUAUUACGUAAUGGUUCAUUCGAAGUUGUUCUUGCAAUUUGCAUGAGUAUUUUCUUUUUCAUCGAUUUCGGAAAAUUGCGUGAGAUGGGAAUUGAUUUCAUCCCAUCAGCGCCAGGUGAAGGAAUGAAGAAAAUAUUUAAUAUUGUUGCUGGUUUUAAAGACAACAUUCUGCAGGAAUUACCACGAUGGUGUUACAAUGGAUUCAUUUGA